CUCUGUUUCGGAAAUGGCAUACACCGCUGUCAAUCGAAUUCCCUACCAGAAACUCAAACAAGAUAGCAGCUACUUCGAAGAUGAAGAUAUUGAUUUAAUACACCUGAGAGAAAAGGUAAUUGGGCAGCUUAGGAGAAAGCCGUCUUCGUUCAGAAAAGUGCAUCUGAGGAAGCGAUUGAGGAUUAAGGUACCCAGCUUGAAGAAAUUCUUAAGGAGAAAAUCUAGAUUAAUCGUGGCUGCACUGGAUAAAAUUUUGAAGAGGUUGAAGGAAAGCCAGUCACAUUUUGGGGAUCUUUUUGCUGGGAAUUACAUGUUUAUGCAGGUCUCUCCGACUCCAUUGAAAAUUUGUGCCCAAGAUCCCAAAUCUCUCUAUCUGAAAACUGUCACCGGAGCUGAUUACCUGCCUAAUGGAUUCUCAUCAGUAGGUUCCGCUAGGUAUUACGAUUAGUAGUUAUCAUUCGUU